ACGGCGAAAACAUUUCAGCUGACAACCUCUGACAGUUCCCUUUUUCGCUGAAGCCACAUAGAAACAUGGCCCCGUCUGCGAAACCCAAACCCGAAGCCAAGAAGGCUGACAAGAGUGGAGCCACAAAGGCACCUGAGAAGCCUAAAAAGGCCGAUAAGCCAGCUCCGACAAAGGUUGAGAAGAAAGUGACAGAAGAGAAGAAGACGAAAGAUGCCAAGGCAAAGGUAGCCACAGCAGCCAAAGUUGAGAAGGUGACCAAACCUCAGGGAGCUGCUAAGGCUGGUGCUGAGCCUGUAAAGGCAGCAGCCACUAAGAAAGCUGCUCCGGCUAAGGAUCAACCAGCUAAGGCACCUGCCAAGGGAGAGGCCAAGGCUAAAGCAGCUGAGCCCAAGGUAGCAACCAAGAAGGCAGCUACGACAGCUGCAGCUGCCCCUCCGGCCAAGAAACCAGCUACCCAGCCAGCCAAGAAGGACGAAAAGAAACCUGAGGCAACAGCCAAGAAAACCGAGGCUCCGGCCAAGAAGGCUGAUGCUCCAAAAGCUGCUGCUGCGCCGGCAAAGAAGGCAGAGGCCAAGCCGAAGACUCCAGCGGCUGAGAAGCCCAAAACGGAGAAGGGAGCUGCAGGUAAGCCCGCUGCCAAGGCGGUGAAGCCCAAGAAGGAAAAGAAGGGUGUUCUGUCGGCUGUAGCUGCGGCAUCCGGAAAGUCCGGCAAAGUGACCAAGAAGCAACUUCUCCGUGGGAAGGGCAUCAAGAAGAAGAAGGUCCAGCUUCGCUAUGGCAUCGACUGCACAAACAUUGUUGAGGACAGCAUCAUGGAUGUUGCUGACUUUGAGCGGUAUUUGUUGGAGCGCUUCAAGGUGAAUGGAAAAGUUAACAACUUGGGCACGAAUGUGACGAUGGAGCGACAGAAGAUGAAGGUGUUUGUCAACUCCGAUGUUCACUUUUCCAAGAGGUACCUCAAAUACCUCACGAAAAAAUACUUGAAGAAGAACAGCCUUAGGGACUGGAUCCGCGUGGUGUCCAAUGAGAAGGAGUCCUAUGAGCUGCGCUACUUCCGGAUUAGCUCAAAUGAUGAUGAUGAGGAGGACAAUGAGUGAACCUAGCAACAGCAUCUCCCUUUUCAUCUCCCCAAAAUAUGUCGCGAUUGUUAAUAAAGCUAUUGACUUGUGUGACAAAAUCAAAAA